CCCUAAAACAGCUUACCUCAUGUACCCCUCACCUCCACCACAUUACCCCAACCAGCCUGUCAUCACCUGUCAGCCUGGAGCCAUCCCACCAGCCAUCUACCAGCCUUCCUUCCCUCCGCCAUCCACCUAUCCAUCAUACACUAUAUAUAUGAACGGACUUCAGCCGGGAGAAGAGCAGCCAUCCUUACCCAAAGAUUAUCUGGUUGAGUCUGUGCUGGUCACCGUCUUCUGCUGUUGGAUGAGCGGUCUCGUAGCGGUCAUAUAUUCUGCAGAAACCCGUGCGGCUUUGGCUCGAGGUGACAUCCGUGAAGCAGAGAAAACCUCUCAGAAGGCUCGGACGCUGGUCCUCUCCAGUUUAAUAGCCGGCAUAAUCGUUAUUGUCGGCUGGAUUGUUUAUGUAUUAAUAGUACUUUUAGCAUAGAAAUGUAACUAAAUGUGUAAUAUCUGCUCUAGUUUAUGCUUAUUUCCAGCCAAAGACUUUUAGAUUUCAAGGAUUUGAAGAUAUUAAGGAAUAUAAACUCAGUCAAGUGUUUCAAAACCUCUAUAACACAUGUAUUGACUUUUCUAAGUGUUAAAGGGAUAGUUCACCCAAAACUGAAAUUUGUGUCAUCAUUUACUCAUCCUCGAGUUGUUUCAAAGCUGUAUAAAUUACUCUGUUCUGCUGAACACAAAGGAAGAUGCUUUGUAACAAGGCAAAUCUGGAGCACCAUUGACUUCCAUAACAGGACAAAAUAAUACUAUGAAGGUGAAUGGUGCCCCUGACUGUUUGGUCACCAACAUUCUUCAAAAUAUCAUCCUUUGUGUUCAGCAGAACAAAGAAAUGUAUACAAGUCUGAUACAACUUGAGGAUGAGUAAAUGAUGACACAAAUUUCAGUUUUGGGUGAACUAUCCCUUAAAGGUGCAGUGUGUAAAUAUUAGCGGCAUCCAGUGGUGAGGUUGUGAAUUACAACCAACGGCUAAGUCCACUGCUCACUCCUCGCUUUUGAAAAGCAUUGAGAAGCUACGGUAGCCGCCACCGGAAAAACAUGUAAUUGACAACUUAAUAAAAAAGUUUGUCCGUUAAGGGCUUCUGUAGAAACAUGGCGGCACAAAAUGGCGACUUCCAUGUAAGGGGACCCUCUGUGUAUGUAGAUAGAAAUGUCUCAUUCUAAGAUAAUAAAAACAUAACGGUUCAUUAUAAAAAGGUCUUUAUAUACCCCUGAUAAUAUAGUUUUGUAUAUUAUUUUGCAUUUCUGUCAAAAGAUCCUUCUAAAAAUUACACAUUGCACCUUUAAAUGAGAGACUUUUCUGUUGAUUUUAAACAUUUUUACUUGUGCUUUUAUUGUGUUUCUUUAGUGUGAGGCCAUAAGAAUAAGUUUAGUUGUUUUAAACUUACUGAAAUGACUGAUGUAUCAUAUUCACAUUUAUCCGUUGCUAGAAUCUGAAGUUAAACCAGUGUUAUUGUCAAUAAACCUUGUACUUUUUGACUGUGAUAUAUAUUUAUAUCAUCAACUAUCAUAUUGUAUAGAACAGCAAAACAUGAAUUGGUUUAAGUUUAUAGAGUUAUUUUAGUCUGUAAAUGUUUAGAUAAGUGACCCUGGACCACUAAACCAGUCAUAAGACGCAAUGAGUGUCUUUGUAGCAAUAGUCAACAAUACAACUAUACAUUUUAAAAUUAUCGAUUUUUUUAUGACAAAAAUCAUUAGGAUAUUAAGUAAA